GGGUGGGGUGUGCGGCGAGUGCGGCGGCGGCGGCGGCCUCCCCGAGAGUCGGGCGGGAGGGGACAGCGGGUGUGGAUUUGCCUUGACGAACUAAAGAUUCCAGAUGGCAAAUUCUAUGAAUGGCAGAAACCCUGGUGGUCGAGGAGGAAACCCCCGGAAAGGUCGAAUUUUGGGUAUUAUCGAUGCUAUUCAGGAUGCAGUUGGCCCCCCCAAGCAAGCUGCUGCUGAUCGCAGGACAGUGGAGAAAACUUGGAAACUCAUGGACAAAGUGGUAAGACUGUGCCAAAAUCCCAAACUGCAGUUGAAAAAUAGCCCGCCAUAUAUACUCGAUAUUUUACCUGACACAUACCAGCAUUUGCGACUCAUACUGAGUAAAUAUGAUGACAACCAGAAACUUGCCCAACUAAGUGAGAAUGAGUAUUUUAAAAUCUACAUUGAUAGCCUAAUGAAAAAGUCAAAACGAGCAAUAAGGCUUUUUAAAGAAGGCAAGGAGAGGAUGUAUGAAGAACAGUCACAGGACAGACGAAAUCUCACAAAACUGUCCCUCAUCUUCAGUCACAUGCUGGCAGAAAUUAAAGCAAUCUUUCCCAACGGUCAGUUCCAGGGAGACAACUUCCGCAUUACUAAAGCAGAUGCUGCUGAAUUCUGGAGAAAGUUUUUUGGAGACAAAACCAUCGUCCCAUGGAAAGUAUUCAGACAGUGCCUUCAUGAGGUCCAUCAAAUUAGCUCUGGCCUGGAAGCAAUGGCCCUAAAGUCAACGAUUGACUUAACUUGCAAUGAUUAUAUUUCAGUUUUUGAAUUUGAUAUUUUUACCAGGCUAUUUCAGCCUUGGGGUUCUAUUUUGCGAAAUUGGAAUUUCUUAGCUGUAACACAUCCAGGUUACAUGGCAUUUCUCACAUAUGAUGAAGUUAAGGCACGGCUACAAAAGUACAGCACCAAACCUGGAAGCUACAUUUUCCGGCUAAGUUGCACUCGCCUGGGACAGUGGGCGAUUGGCUAUGUGACAGGGGAUGGCAAUAUCUUACAGACCAUACCUCACAACAAGCCCUUAUUUCAAGCCCUGAUUGAUGGGAGCAGGGAAGGCUUUUAUCUUUACCCUGAUGGACGAAGUUAUAAUCCUGAUUUAACUGGAUUGUGUGAACCCACGCCCCAUGAUCAUAUAAAAGUUACACAGGAACAAUAUGAACUGUAUUGUGAAAUGGGCUCUACCUUUCAGCUCUGUAAGAUCUGUGCAGAGAAUGAUAAAGAUGUCAAGAUCGAGCCCUGUGGGCAUUUGAUGUGCACUUCUUGUCUAACAGCAUGGCAGGAGUCUGAUGGCCAGGGCUGCCCUUUCUGUCGUUGUGAAAUAAAAGGAACGGAGCCCAUAAUCGUGGACCCCUUUGAUCCUCGAGACGAAGGCUCCAGGUGCUGCAGCAUCAUUGACCCCUUUGGGAUGCCAAUGCUGGACCUAGAUGAUGAUGAUGAUAGGGAGGAGUCAUUGAUGAUGAAUCGGCUGGCCAAUGUUCGAAAGUGCGCUGACAGGCAGAACUCACCAGUCACCUCACCAGGAUCUUCCCCUCUUGCUCAGAGAAGAAAACCCCAGACAGAUCCUCUGCAGGUUCCACAUCUCAGCCUGCCUCCAGUGCCUCCUCGCCUGGAUCUAAUUCAGAAAGGCAUCGUCCGAUCUCCCUGUGGCAGCCCAACUGGUUCACCAAAGUCUUCUCCCUGCAUGGUGAGAAAGCAAGACAAGCCCCUCCCAGCACCUCCUCCUCCUUUAAGAGAUCCUCCUCCCCCUCCACCUGAGAGACCUCCCCCAAUUCCACCUGACAACAGACUGAGCAGACACUUCCAUCAUGUGGAAAGUGUGCCUUCCAGGGACCAGCCAAUGCCUCUUGAAGCCUGGUGCCCUAGGGAUGUGUUUGGGACUAAUCCAUUGGUAAGCUGUCGCAUCCUGGGGGAUGGCUCACCUAAGCCUGGAAUCACAGCAAGCUCAAACACAAAUGGAAGGCACAAUAGAAUGGGCUCUGACCCAGUGCUUAUGCGGAAACACAGACGCCAUGAUUUGCCUUCAGAAGGAGCCAAGGUCUUUUCCAAUGGUCACCUUGGAAGUGAAGAAUACGAUGUUCCUCCUCGGCUCUCUCCUCCUCCUCCACUUACUGCCCUUCUUCCUAGCAUAAAGUGUACUGGUCCAUUAGCAAAUUCUCUUUCAGAGAAAACAAGAGACCCAGUAGAGGAAGAUGACGAUGAGUACAAGAUUCCUUCAUCUCAUCCUGUUUCCCUGAAUUCACAACCAUCCCAUUGUCAUAAUAUAAAACCUCCAGUUCGGUCUUGUGAUAAUGGACAUUGUCUGUUGAAUGGAACACAUGGUAUGUCUUCAGAAAUGAAGAAAUCAAACAUCCCGGAGUUAGGCAUCUAUUUAAAGGGAGAUGUUUUUGAUUCAUCUUCUGAUCCAGUGCCAUUACCACCUGCCAGGCCUCCAACUUGGGACAAUCCAAAGCAUGGUUCUUCACUCAACAAGACGCCCUCUGAUUAUGAUCUUCUCAUCCCUCCAUUAGGUGAAGAUGCUUUUGAUGCUCUUCCGCCCUCCCUCCCACCUCCUCCACCUCCUGCCAGGCAUAGUCUCAUUGAACAUACAAAACCUCCUGGCUCCAGUAGCCGGCCCUCCUCAGGACAGGACCUUUUCCUUCUUCCUUCAGAUCCUUUUUUUGACCUAGCAAGUGGCCAAGUUCCUUUGCCUCCUGCUAGGAGAUUGCCAGGAGAAAAUGCCAAAUCCAACAGAGUAUCACAGGAGUAUGACCAGCUGCCGUCAUCUUCAGAUGCCUCACAAGCACCAGCCAGACCCCCCAAACCACGACCCCGCAGGACUGCACCAGAAAUCCACCACAGAAAACCCCACGGGCCCGAAGCAGCAUUGGAAAAUGUGGAUGCAAAAAUUGCCAAACUCAUGGGAGAGGGUUAUGCCUUUGAAGAGGUGAAGAGAGCCUUAGAGAUAGCCCAGAAUAAUGUGGAAGUGGCCAGGAGCAUCCUCCGAGAAUUCGCCUUUCCUCCUCCAGUCUCCCCACGUCUCAACCUAUAGCAGCCAGAACUGGAUAAACACCCACAUGCAAAGCAGAGCAUGAAAGGAGAGGCUGGAAGUGAACUGCCAAGCGAAGGAGUCUCCUCCUCACAAGGCAGCUUGGGAAGGGAGGCCUGCAGCAGCUUCUGGAAGACUGUGUGCUUGCUCAGGAUGGUCGAGGCUGCGGCUUCCUUGUUUUUGCUAGCCAUACUUUGAAAUCAGGGUUGAACUGACAAAAAAAAUAAUUUAAAGACGUUUACUGCUCUCGAACUUUUGAAUCUGUGAAAUUCUUUUCCUUGUUUACACGUUGGCAAAGUUGCAGUUGGGUUUUUAUUUUGAUCCCUGUACUGUGCUCCUGAUGGCCCCUGGGUGAAGCUGUCAGGUCUGCUGUAACAUCUCCCAUCGCCUCCCUCGCUGUCCACAUUAACAGCGAAAGCAACUCCUCAUCUUCAUCCUUCUACACCCGACCCCCAGCCCCGGGUCCAGUUCCAUUUCUCCCAUUUCCAGAUGUUUUGAAGGUUCUGAUUUUCAAUGUAUCAAACUAUUGCAAAAAAAAAACAAAAAACGUGUGGUCUUCACUACUGAGUCUUUUCUUUGGAAACGAUCACUGUUGAGAGAUGGGAAAAACAUGAUUGUAAAGCAUUUACUUGUCAAUAAACUACCUUUCGUAAGGUUUUUUUUUUUAAAAAAAAUAAUGUUCAGGAACUUCCCAUGAUAUAGUUGUGUAAUCUUUCAUUUUUUUCAUAUUCUCCAUCUCUGUCAUCCCAGGGAUGCCACGAGGCUAUAAAAAUCUGAACUAUUAGAAAGCAGCCGCUGCUCCCUACAGUGCCGUACUGAAGGAAUGUAAUAAGGUCUCCAGACACGUACGCUUGUAUUGCUUUCAGGCUUGCUGAAAGAGAGAGCCAUCUUCCUCAAAUACGUUAAUAGGCUUCAGACAAAUAUCAUGAGCCUCCCUUUCCCAAAGUGAAAUCAAGUCCAUUUCUUUUUGUGUGAUAGCACCCUCGUUCCUAAGAGCUAUGGGCCAUGCUUCACACUGCACCAAGUGCCAGGGCUACUGUCUAUACACACACACACACACACACACACACACACACACACACACAAACAUUAUUCUGCAAAGUUCUUAGUAAUUUUAUCUCCCAUCAAAUCAGAAUUCAUACUGAAUUUUUACGUUCUUCUCAUUCAUGGCUCCAUUUGGCUCCAUCCAGUAUCCAAUCCAGUGAAAGAACAUAGUUUGCUCCUUUUUUUGUAUGUGCACAAUGGUGGAUGGUCCUUCAGAAACCUAUGUCAUUUGGUUGAAUAAAUCAAAACGUAUUUAUUGAACAUAUACUAUGUGCUUGCACUGUUAGGCACUGUGUUUGUAAAGCACAACCCCUCACAAGCUGCCAAAAGACUGAUGGAUGAAAUCUGGAAAGUUUCUUGACUGCUUCUGAAGUUUGCAACAAUUUGCUUUCUGUUACCCUUAAUAACUCUAUGGAGAAAUGUUACCGAAUUAUGUUUGUAUAAAAUUAUUGAACCCCAUGAUAGUUUUCUAAUUAUGGACUCAUGUUAUGGAGACAGCCAUGUUGAUCAGGGGAGAGAAACUGAUGUAUUCCUUUACAAAGUGAUACUUGACUGACCUUAGAAGUGUGGCUUUCAUGGGAUGAGAUACUUGAAGACUCACAGGACUUGCAUAGUUUAUGCUCUUAUAUGAAUAUGUUCAGGUGACUCAGAACUAGUUAUGCCCCUAGGGGGAGCUUUUAAUUUGCCUUAGAUGCUCUUCUUGUGAGUAUGUAUGAGUACAGAUUUUUACACUUCCUAAAAUUGUAUUGGCCAAUUGUCUGUUGCUUUGUGAACUCCAUGUAAUGUCGUCAUGAUUUUUCACUUAUCAAUUUCUGAUAUCACAUUGAAAUAGCAUUUUCUAUUUUGGCCUUUUUAUAUGACUUGCUGUUGACAGAUUCAAUCAAAAAGCCAAAAUUGCCAUUUCAUUAUUAUAAUAUUUUUAAUAGAGAAUAAUGUAAAAUAGGAAUAGUGGGAAACACAGCACAUUCUUGUCCAGUUUUCAAAUAAUAGACAAAAGCUUUCAGUGAGAAAUUAGAAAAAAGGCAUAGUAAAAUUGUAAAUUUGGAUCUGAUGUUGGAAAAAAAUACGAAGGCUUUUGCAAAAAUUGUUCUAGCCUCUUACCAAAAUCUGUGUCUUGACCUCAAUAGUAGCUCAUAAUUUGCUUAUAGGCAGCAGGAGUCAAAGAUGUUGUAAUCCAUGAAAUAUAAAGAGGAAAACUUUUUUUAAAUCAAACACCAGUAGAGCAACUGAGAAUUUAUCUACUGCCUAUGAUACUAUGAUCAAAGAUGUUUCUGAGGAAAUAAUUAAACCUAAAUAUUAUUAUAAAAAUGAUGACCUGUUAAUGCUUAGAAAUGAUCCAGAUAUUGUUCAUUGAGAUCCACAAAGGUAAACUUUCCUUUCAUUUCUCAUGAUUCUGUUUCUAAUAGAAUUGUUUUAUCAUAAUCCAUAAUACGGCAAAUAUCAAUUCCUUGCCCCCAAAUAUGUCUAGGGAUGGAAAGAUAUAAUGUGCCCUCAAUGAUGUUAAAGUAAUUAUUUUUCCAGGAUCUGUUUUUCUUUUUCAGUCUCAUGUUAAACUACACCCAGAUCUUCUAGAAUUCUUUUAGAUUCUAGAUCUUCUAAAAUCUGACCAUUGUGUGCGUAAUUUGAAAUUUCUUCCACAAAUUCUACCUUUGGCCCUUCUCUAUUUCCCCUUGCCAUGUU